AUGCUUACCACACCAAAUGAAAACAACCGGCCUAUAUUUUCUGCUAAAGAAAUUAUUGACUUCUAUCUUCAAAAGAGUUAUCUCAUAUUUCCCCAUGAAUCAGAAGUUGGACGCAUCAGUGUCCCAGCGACCAUCUCAUGGUAUGACCCACUAGUAGAUUGGAUCAAACCAGUAUGGAAUAGUUUCGAAAAAGAAGUACUUCGUCCCCAAUACGAUGGUGAUUCUCUGCAUAACUUGAUCAAAAAUUCAGUUAAAGACAAAAGGCUUCAUGAGACCCUAACCAAUGUGAUAAUUCCAACUUUUGAUAUCAAGAAUCUUCAGCCUGUCACCUUCUCCACUUUAAAGGCUAAACGUGAUGAAUCAGAAGAUGCUUUGCAGUCAGAUAUCUGUAUUGGAACAUCUGCAGCUCCUUACUACCUUCCUGCAUAUUAUUUUGAAAACAACUCAUCAAAAAUAAGUAAGAGCUUCAACCUCAUUGAUGGUGGUGUUGCAGCCAAUAAUCCUGUACUCUUUCAACUCUAA